GGCCAAAAAAAUACAAAGGAGAGUGAGAAAAAAGUUGUGAUAAGUUUUGCUUGGUGGAAACUUGCGUUCACACCGAGGUUAGCAGCAGCAGCAGCAGCAGCUCGGACGGGGAAAGAUGGCGUGGCGAGGUGGCCGUAUCUAUGCCACGUCUCGGUUUAACGGAGAUAUUCUCACAUAUCCCUGCAAAAAGAUACUAGCAGCAUCUGUAGUUUGUCUGUGUUUUUGUCUUCUUUUCCCUUCCUCUGCGGAGGCCGGACUAUACACCGCCUCUGACCAGAUCGUCUUGUUAAGUCGGGAAAAUGUGGAGUCGGUUUUGGUGAACUCCACAGCGGCGAUAGUUGUGGAGUUUUACGCCUCAUGGUGUGGACACUGCAUCGCCUUUUCACCGGUUUACAAAAGCCUGGCAAGAGACAUUAAAGAGUGGAAGCCAGCUGUGGAGCUGGCAGCGAUAGACUGUGCUGCAGAGGCCAACAGGAAGGUUUGCACUGGCUUCAGCAUCAGAGGGUAUCCAACUUUAAAGUUCUUCCAUGCUUACUCCAAGGCUGAAUCUACUGGAGAGUCUUUUAAAGGGUUUCCCCGUGAUGUUAGAGGUCUCCGACACAAGAUUAUAGAACAACUGGAAACCCAUGGAGAGCCCUGGCCCCCUGCCUGCCCCCCACUAGAGUCCACCAGCCAAGCAGAGAUCAACAGCUUCUUUGAGACCAACAACGUGCAGCACCUGGCCCUGAUCUUUGAGGAGUCUAAAUCCUUCAUUGGCCGAGAGGUUACCCUGGACCUGUUACAGUUUGAGAACAUCGCAGUACGGAGGGUCCUGAGCAAUGAGGAAGAUCUGGUGACCAAACUGGGAGUAACAGAGUUCCCAUCCUGCUACCUUUAUUAUCCUGGAGGCAAUUUCACCCAACUCAAAGUCGCCAAUGAGGCUCGUACUUUCUACACUUUCGCCCUCCAGAGGCUGCCAGGGGUGGUGCGGUCUGGAAAGCCUCCACUGGACAACACACACCUGGUCACCAACAAUACAGAAGAACCCUGGAGACCCUUCAACAGGUCCAGGGUGUACAUGGCAGACCUGGAGUCAACACUGCACUACUCCCUGCGUGUGGAGCUGGCUUCUCAGACUCAGAUCAAAGGAGAGGUCCUGAUUGCCCUGAAAAAGUACAUAUCUGUCCUCGCAAAGUAUUUUCCAGGACGUCCUGUGGUGAUGAACCUGUUGCAGUCUAUAAACUCUUGGCUACAGAACCAGACUGCAAAUGAGAUUUCCUAUGUGGCGUUUAAAGAGAAACUGGAUAACUCAUCACAGGCUCCAGACACAGCUUUACCAGAAGGAGUGAGGUGGGUGGGCUGUCAGGGAUCAAAACCCCACUUCAGACGUUACCCUUGUGGGGUGUGGACUCUCUUUCACGUUCUUACUGUCCAGGCCAAGAAAGCAGGGGGCUCAGAUGCAAAGGAGGUGCUGAGUUCAAUGAGGGGCUACAUCCACCACUUCUUUGGCUGCAGGCCGUGUGCUGAGCACUUUGAGAACAUGGCGCAGGAGAGUCUGGCAGAGGUGACCACAUUGUCUACAGCGGUCCUGUGGCUGUGGUCCAGACACAAUCGCGUUAACAACAGACUGGCAGGUGAUUUGAGUGAAGACCCUAAUUUCCCAAAGAUCCAGUGGCCAUCACCAGAAAUUUGUCCAGCAUGUCAUACAGUGAAGGACAAUGGGGAGCACAGGUGGAACCAUGAGCAGGUUCUCUCUUUCCUCCUGUCCCACUUCUCCUCCAACAACAUCCUCUCAGACUACCUCGAGGAUGAAAGCCAGGUCCUGGCCAAGCAGAGGGCAAAACAUGCCAGUAUGCAGAUAGCUUUAGAAGCUCAGAGACGGGUUGAAAGGAAAACCAGAGAGGCCUUGGAUUCUCUGACUCCUCCACCAUCGCAACCCACCGUGCCAGAAGAGGAGGAGGAGGAGGAGGAGGAGGAAGAGGAGGAGGAAGAAACUGUAACAGAUGAAGAGGAGGAAGGUGCGGAGGGAGCUGCAGCAGCAGUUGAGAUGGUAGGUAAGCCGACUCCUUGGGCCAAAACUGAAAUGGAGGUGAGUCGAGGCAGACGGCAGGCCAACAGGAAGCCGAGCAUUGUGGGAAUGAGGAUGCGAAACCUGCAGGAGGACAUUGUGGAUCUCGACUCAUUUGUUAACCAGCACUACAAGGCCAAAGCGCUGCGGGUGGCUGCUUCCAGCCGGGUCAAACAACGAACCCUGCAGAGGAAGGAGGAGCAAGACCCCAGGCCCUUGUUUGGGCUUGGCAUGGAGUUAGAUGCAGGGCUCGGGAUGGUGGGCCUGCAGCGCAUGGAGCCGGACGUCAGGCAGCAGAGGAAGCGGCUGCAAAAGCGAGAACUGGCAGGCCAGUACUUUGGUGAGGAGGCUGAAUUGAGCCACAGAGGACGCUGGAUGUCUAUGCUGAACAUUGGAUUCUCUAGAGUGGACAUCAGCCUGUGCGUCAUUCUUUAUUUCCUGUCUUCCAUGUGUCUUCUCGCCAUGUACCUUUUCUUUAAAAACCGUCUAAGGCUACGGCGGGCUAAAGUAGCCUUGCCCUGAACCAAAGUAUAUCCAAAUUUGACCCAAGUCACAGCAAUGAUUAAUGUUCAUUAGGUUCAUCUAGGCUAAGGUUGGGUUAAUGUAAGGGGAUAUGUCAAGAUUAGCACUAUCUUAGGUAGUCCACUUAACUGUUACCUACAGCCAGAGUAGGCCGGUUUUCACCCUGUGGUCACCUAAUGUUUGGUUAUAUGUGGAGAGGAAGUGAAGGGAAAAUUAGCUAAUUACCUUUUUAAAAUCAGGGCAGUUCUGUAACCUUACACUUAAUGCAGCCUCAUGCCCUUCAGGCAGCACCUCAACUGUGGAAAUUGUUUGUUUAUUUCCAUAAGUGGCUUUUUGUUCGGAGUUUGUGCUUUCUGUUAGAGAGAAUCAAUCCUGCUUUUGAUUCUGUUUGACCACUUACUAUGUGAAGGUUGAAAUUAAAUCCAACAUAAAAAAAAGUUUUUGAUUUUUAUUAAGUGAAUGGAACUAAUGUUUGGGUUAUUUUCUACUAAGUGAUUUAUUUUUGUUGCUUUACUAAAGUUAUGGUACUUUUUGUAAGACUUGAAUUUUUCUGUUUUGUUUCAGAGUAGGUUGAAGACCUACCUACCUUAGUACUAUGACCAAAAAAUAAGUUCCAGUAGAAAUGUUCUAUAUAUUUACACAAACUUUAAAUCAUUUGAACUAAGUACUCAAAUAGAUGAUUCUUCUGUAAUUACAAAAAAAUCCACAAAAAAAACCUUGUGCCUUAAAUUACAGACUAUACGGACAGGACUGCCCCCCCCCCCAAAAAAAAAAUCAAUCGCUUGUGGAUUUUUGUGUUUAAGUUUCACAUAACUAUGAGUUUCACUAAUAAUCAGGUAGCAAAAAAUACAGUCCAGCCUUUGUGCCUAAAUUCUAUGUGGGUUUUUUUACAAUCUGUUGUUGUACAGACAGCAGCACAUGAAAUACUGUAACUGGGACCAGCAGGUCCACAGCAACUUUCACCAGUGAAGAACAGCUCAGCCGUUUGUCCUCCAGCUCCUUUGAGGCGGUUUACAUUACACUGAGCAUUAUAUCACAUCUUUGAAUAUUACAUCACACUGCUGAGUCUACAUAACAGCUUCUUCUUACAACUGUGGUUGUUUGUGAAAUGACGCAUAUGUUCACACUGAACAAGGUUUUAGAAUAAGCAGGAUUUGUUUUUGGCUGGUGUCCAUGAUGUAAAGUGUCUGUUCAUCUCAAAAACACUGUUUUUCUGUUUGCUUCUUUGCUUCCAUCUAAAUCAAUAAAAUUAUUUUUGAUAAGGACUUGUUUUUUGUUUUAACUGAGAUCUGUCAUUGAAACCAUUUUUAUUUAAGUAAGUAAGGCAACUUUAAAUGUUUCUGAACAGAAAACUGGU